CCCGCCUCAGUAAUCGGAACGUGUGAAGUUAGGCAGUCUAGGGGUCUUGGCAUCGGGAGCUUGGUGACUGUGAUGUUGCCAGGGUGGAACAGGGCCAGUCCAUGGUGAGGGCCCCAGGAUUUGUCUUUUUGAUGUGCCAGGAGAGAGAGGCCUUUGAAGCGGCUGCCGCUGUGAGGGUUCUGGGACUUGCCUCUGGUAACAACUAUAUUCUCCUAACGCUUGAUCAGCAUGAAUUUCAACAGAUGUCUGUAUAAUAUUGGGGAACAGCUGAACAGUGAAGACCUGGCUGCCCUCAAGUUCCUGAGCCUGGACUACAUUCCACAUAGGAAGCAGGAACCCAUCAAGGAUGCCUUGGUGCUAUUCCAGAGGCUCCAAGAAAAGAGAAUGUUGGAGGAAAGCAACCUGUCCUUCUUGAAGGAGCUGCUUUUCCGAAUGAAUAGACUGGAUCUGCUGCUCACCUACCUGGACACCAGUGGGGAGGAGAUGGAGAGGGAGCUUCAGAUGCCGGGCAGGGCCCAGAUCUCUGCCUAUAGGGUCAUGCUUUUUCAGAUUUCAGAAGAUGUGACCAAACUGGAAUUGAAGGACUUCAAGUUUUUUUUGAGCCAGGAGAUCGCCAAAUAUAAGCUGGAUGAUGACAUGACCUUGCUUGAUAUUUUCAUAGAGAUGGAGAAGAGGGUCAUCCUAGGGGAAAGAAACUUGGACACCCUGAAAAGAAUCUGUGAGCAAAUCAACAAGAGCUUGCUGAAGAAAAUCAACGAUUAUGAAGAACUAAGCAGAGAGCAAAGAAUGAGCCUUGGAAGAGGUCCAGAUGAAUUUUCAAACGAUGUGUCACAAUUUCUCAUAAGGGGGGGCUCCCUUGAAAUGCUGGCCAUGUCGGACUCUCCAGGAGAAAAGGACAGUGAGUCACAGACAUCGAACACAGUUUACCGAAUGAAAAGCAAACCUCGGGGAUACUGUUUGAUCUUUAACAAUUAUGAUUUUAGCAUAGCAAGGAAGGAUGUGCCCAAACUUCACAGCAUUAAGGAUAGGAAUGGAACAGACUUGGAUGCAGAGGCUUUGAGAAAGACCUUUAGUGAGCUUCAUUUUGAGAUAGUGCAUUACAAAGACUACACUGCGAAGAAAAUCUGUGAGGUUCUGAAAUCCUACCAAAGCAUGGACCACAAUAACAAGGACUGCUUCAUCUGCUGCAUCCUCUCCCAUGGAGACAAAGGCAUCAUCUAUGGCUCCGAUGGGCAGGAAGCCCCCAUCUAUGAGCUGACCUCUUACUUCACUGGUUCAAAGUGCCCUUCCCUUCUUGGCAAACCCAAAAUCUUUUUUAUUCAGGCUUGUCAAGGGGAUAACUACCAGAGAGGUAUAGCUGUUGAAACUGACUCAGAACAGAAGGAAACCUAUUUAGAAAUUGAUUCAUCGCUUCAGAAGAGAUAUAUCCCAGAUGAGGCUGACUUUCUGCUGGGGAUGGCCACCGUGAACAACUGUGUUUCCUACCGAAGCACCAUGGAGGGGACCUGGUAUAUCCAGUCACUUUGCCAGAGCCUGAGAGAAAGAUGUCCUAGGGGUGAAGAUAUUCUCACCAUCCUCACCAAGGUGAACUUUGAAGUAAGCAAUAAGGAUGACAAGAAAAAUAUGGGCAAACAGAUGCCACAACCUACUUUCACACUGAGGAAAAAACUCUUCUUUCCCCUUAAUUGAUGCUAUUGUUUAGUUGUAUAACUAAACAAUAGUUAAAAUGCUGCUAUUUUAAUCUUUCUUUCUUUCUUUUUUUUUUUUUUCUUGAUAGCUGGAAGUCAAGAGAAUGGGAAUCAGGACAACAUAAUUUUCAUGCAAAUUCAAUCUAAAUCUCUGGCUUUGCAAUAGCUAGACAGUCAUAGCUGUAGGCGUGAUUUUAAUUGUGUUUUUAAUUUGAUGAGAAGGUUUAAAAAUGAACUUAUAGUAGAUACAAAAAUUAUAGUAAGUUUAAAAGAAAUGUCAAAGAUCACUGAGGGGGAUAUUUGUGAUCUGAUCUGGCUAAAAAAAACCCCUCAUGUGUUGAGGUUGAGGGUAUAAUGCUCCCACAUCCAGCCUGAUUGCUGAUGGUGAGUGUGACAAACUAUCCCAGAAACAUGUGAGCUUCCUCUCCUGCGCCAUGAGCUGACUUUGCUUUUCAGUGGUGAAAGACACCACCGUUUAGACUUAGAUUUCAAAAACCUAAGCAUGAUUUUCCUUGUUUUUAUUACUCAUAAGUACAGUAUUCCGCUCACUUUUAAGAGGAAUGAUGUUAAUUGGAUAUUGGGCUUCCCUGGUGGCGCAGUGGUUGAGAAUCUGCCUGCCAAUGCAAGGGACACGGGUUCGAACCCUGGUCUGGGAAGAUCCCAAAUGCCGUGGAGCAACUAGGCCCAUGAGCCACAACUACUGAGCCUGCGCGUCUGGAGCUUGUGCUCCACAACAAGAGAGGCCGCAACCAUGAGAGGCCCACGCUCUGCAAUGAAGAAUGGCCCCUGCUUGCUGCAACUAGAGAAAGCCCUUGCACAGAAACGAAGACCCAACACAGCCAAAAAUAAAGAAAGAAAGAAGAAAGAAAGAAAGAAGCUUUCAUUUUAAAAAAAAUUAAUAAACAGAAACCUCAGUUAAAUAGAGUAGGGAAACCAGAAGUUUAUUUUGGAUCUGUUGCUUAUUAUUUUGUCCAUUCCCUCUGCUGAAGCAAUCACCAUGGUUUUUUGAUACUCUUAUCUUAAAAUACAGCUCUUGGCUCAUGUGACUUUUCCAGCAAUAAAAUUUAUUAUUCUUUAUUCAAUAAAAUUUAUUCAAUAAAAUG